UGGAUGGCAGCGCGAUUUUCCACUCACUCGUCACAGCCGUAACGGGACGGGAAAGAAAAGCGUUUUCGGGCUCGCGUUCGCCAGUUUUCAGUGCUCUUGUUCCUUGUUGGUUCUGCAUUUCCUGUGUUUGUUAAUGGUUUUUGAAUUCUCGUCUCGUUCCCAACAAUCCCGUGCAAGUCCGCGCCGUCGAUCGCUGCUAACCUGUGUGUAUCUACGUGUGGGACGUCGACCGUUCCGUGGCCGUUCCGUGCAUGUAUGGAAAUAAAGUGUCUCAGUGGCAGAGAGAAAGCAUUCCAACGCAAAUGAGAUGCAGAUGCUAAAAUGUAUCGACGCGGUGAAAUACUUUAACCCAAAAAGUGGGUAAGCAAAACGGUUGGCCCUUCGAAAGUGUCUCAAACAAAGAAGCCAACCAGCUGGUUGUAGUUUCGCUCGGUACGAUGAUGUUGGUCAUGCAUUCGUUCGCUGCUGGUAGUGAAUGUGCUGCUGCUGCUGCUGCUGCUACUAAUCAUGGUGAAGUGAGUGAAACUCGUGAUGCCUGACGAGCGUGUUUACUGGCGUACGAGCAAGCGCUAACUGUUCGAGCCACCAGUCUGUUAAUCUGCAAGUCCGGUUGUGCGUCCGGGUUCGGGGCACUACAUCGAUUAGUGAAGCAGCGUUUGUGUGUGGUAAAAUCGGCAAAACCCGGUGCAUGAUUCAACCGUAGUCCCGUCGAAGGUACACUGUUUACCCAACAACCCAUAUGGUUUCCACAUCAAAAUGAUGCAGCAAUGUGCGCACAAUGGUGGUGUGAAAGUGUUUAACAGGUUAUGUUAAUGUUUAAUACAGUGAAUGGUAGCAACUUGUGUUUGGUACAACGAAUUUUCAACACAUCCGAUAAAGGAAAGCUGUAGUUAAUGAGCAGAAGACAACAACGGUUGAGUAGUUCGGGAAUGGCCGAUUUGCUCAGUGUGGUGCGAUGCGAUGCUAAAGGCUAGGUACCAGCGCGUGUGUUUGGGUGAUGAAAAAGAGCAGCGUGAUUUUGUGAGGAAAAAAUGGAGACCAUAUCAAAACUGUAUCCUCCGUAACUUGACUAAAGGCUGGUGAACAAUAAUUGAGGAUUCACAAAAAAACUAAAAAAGACACACACACACACUUCUGAAACGAAUUCAACCCAUUCAUGAUGCAAACGAUCGGGCAAUGUCUACCCAACACGCGUCGUUUCUAACCAUGCAUCAUACAUCCUGAGAGGGUGGCAGGGUGGGUGGUGCGUCUUGGCAACACGCCGCAGCCUCCAUCUUGCUUUUCGGGUGGUGAACGGCACACCACCGUCUGUAAUCGGCUGGUGGGCUGCGCAGUAGCAGCAUCAGCACCACCAUCAUCAUCAUCAUCACCGUCGUCAGCACCAUCGUCAACGGCAGAAUCACCAUCAGCAGCAGCAACUACAACGGCCAAUUCACCAAAUCAGUGACGUUGCGCUGAGAAGAUGUUCACCCAAACCAACCGCGACAUUCGAUUCUCCAGUGUAGCCAACGGUGACGAUAACGACGACGAUGGUUCUAGGCGUCGGGUCAAACCAGUGUACACAGUGCAACCCGACCGAGCACGGUGUGCCGGAAGCUUGUGCCGCUUGCAAGUGAUCGUGAUCCGGUGCCGGUGCAUCAGCGGUGAACUCGAUGCCAGCGAUGGGCUGCAAGUGACGAACCGGUAUCAAGCCGCUACGAACGGUAUGGGUCGCGUAGGUGACAAACCGUCGUUUGCCGAUUUGUUUCGCAAGAAGAAAAAGUGCCGACAGUGCGGUGGUGUGUGCUAGUGUACGGUGCAACAUGCUAAAACGUACAAUGCAAGUGAGCAAAAGCUGUGUGCUAGUGAGGCGAAAAUACGUGCUUAUCGGUGUUACUGUGCCCAGUUAAACUUUGCCCAAGUGCUAACAUCAUAUUGCAUAUCUCAGCGCAACCGGCGCGUUAGUUUGCAGAACAAAGUACGAAAGAAAUAAACUCGAUUGCAACAAAACACUUCAAACGUGAAAGCGAACCGGUGAAAUCCGCACCAUGUGUUGUUUGUGAUAAAUUGUUAACCACACAAAGCAGACAAAAAGGGGUGAUUAUCAAAUUUGUUAUUAAGGUGGCGAAGAAAGAUGUUUCGAAAUCGAUAAACAAGGUGUGAAUCGGUGUUUACGGAAGUGCGUACUCGCUCUCUUACUGCAAGCGGAUAGCUGUGCCACCACUGUCGGGUAGUGAGUUGCAGUAACGAGUGCGAGUUACAAAAAGCAAAACAAAAAAAACCGAGAUAAUUUCACAGUUCACAGAUCAGGCAGUGAAUUACUAGCAAGCGACAGCAAAAUGGACGACAUGCCCGAUCUAUCGCACCUGACGCAGGAGGAACGGGCCAUCAUCGAGGGUGUGAUGAUGCGCCAGAAGCAGGAAGAGGAACGGGAGAACGAGAUUAUGCGACGGAAACAGGACGAGGUAGCGACGCUCGUCGACUCGAUCCGGCAGAAGUCGGAGCAGCAGAAGAAGGCAGGAGUCGAGCUGGAGGCCACGUGUCACAUCUGCCUCAAGACAAAGUUCGCGGACGGUAUCGGGCACAUCUGUCACUACUGCAACAUUCGCUGCUGUGCCAAAUGCGGUGGCAAAGUAACACUACGCAACAAUAAGGUCAUAUGGGUAUGCAUAGUGUGUAGGAAAAAGCAGGAACUCCUAUCAAAGACGGGUCAAUGGAUGAACAAGAGCACCAGCCCGGAUGGGGUGAUACGAAGGCAGGAAGGUGAUCCGAGGACAUUACCCCAAACGAUGCUCGAUCCGCACGAUCCCUCCGACAAGCGGCCCAAGCUGGAGCGGGCACGUAGCGCGGCGGAAAAGGAGAACAAUCCGAUGCAACGGGCCAACAGCCAGUUGCGUCGCCAGUACAGCCAGCAAGAUCCACCGACCCGCCGGCUAUCCCAGUCGGAUGGUAGCGGGAUGGACAUGAUGAUGUCACCCGGCCAUCACCAGCAGCAGAUGGGACGGAUGCAGCAGAUGGGUCACGGGCAGGUAGGGAUGUACGGUGGACGGGCCGGAGGUCAGCAGGGCGUUGGGUACGGUGGAUCGUACGGACAGCAUUCGCAACUUCCUCAGCCACCGAUGCAACACGGAGGAGGUGUUGGUGGAGGUCCGUACGGUGGGCAACAUUCAAUGACUCCCCAGGUUCACAUCACCCAUGCUGGAGGUGGUGGUGGGUCGUUGGGCGGGUAUGGUCAUGAUGAUCCCAGCUACUAUCAGAGUGAAAUUGAAGAUCUCAUGCGCACCCAUCCACAUCUGGUACAUCCGCGACAGCAGCAACACUACGCCGAAUCGCUCCAAUCCAGCUCGGCCCACGGUAGUAGCGGUCUGGGAGGUGGCGGUGUUGGUGGCGUUGGUGGCGUCCAUCUUCCACCCGAGCCCACCAAAUCCCACAAGCGACCGCUCGGUGGCCCGUACCUGCCCCAGCAACGGUCCUUCAGCAGCUCCGAUGAGGACAUUCGCUCCACGCCGGAGUUCGAAGCCGGUCACCAAAGACAGUAUUUCGAUAAUCACACACGACUGAACGCAAACCUUACCGACUAUCGAGCAACAAAGCUGGACGUGCAGCAACGCAACAGUUACAAUCGUACCAAUCACAACCGAUAUCAAUCACCGUCCCAGUCGACGCAGCAUUCAUCCCAUCCCUAUCACUACCAGCAGUCGGCGGAUCCGCUGGGGCGGGACUACCAUCAGCAGCAGCCACUGCCGCAGGUGGUGGUCGGCGAGAGCACUAUUGCAUCCACGGCCUACGAUAGUAUUAACCACCAUCACCAGCCCCAUCAGCAUCAUCCCUCGCUCCAUCAUCCAUCGGGUACGGCGGCACCGAGUCCGGCCACCAUACCGCAGGGCCUGCACGGCGGUAGUAGCGGGAGCAGCAGUAGCAGUCAGCAUCAUCCGUAUCAGCAGCAGCAGCAGCAGCAGCACCAUCAGCACCAUCAACCGCACCAUCAUCAUCAGCAGUGUAACAGUAGCAGCAGCGGUGGUUCCAGCCACAGUACCACGGGACAUCAUCCUGUGGCGCAGAAUUCGCACACACGUUACGGCACGAGCCCGGCCGCGACCGAGCAGCCGGAUCCGUACUGGGACGAACCGGCCGACAGUCGGCGGUUUACCGAGCGCAGAAAGAAGACGGUCCGGUUCGAUGGGCAGGACUCGGACGAUUGGUCCCGGUGGGAAUCGGAACGACAGGGCAGCCAGGACUCGGCGACCAAAGAUUCCGGCAUUGAUACGAGUAGCACGUUUACCAGUAGCGAAGACUCGAACCGUGGCGAUGGCCCAAAGAAUCCGGUAAGCUGGCAAGUAGUGUCAUCGGCGGACGGUGGCCGAAUGGUCGGUCGGCUGGUGCAGCGCAGACAGUUUGACGGCGAAGACGUGCUAGGGUUGAAGGUGCGCGGUGGCCAGGUGUUACCGAGCGAUACCCGUGCAGCGCUCAUCGAACUGGAAAGUGCUCACAUUAGGCCAGAAAAUUACGAUCGUCGCGAUAAGCCGAGCGUGCUGGUCACUUCACCAGGAUCGCCGGAUUUGCACAGUGUGCGAAAUUACUCCAACUCUCGGUACAGCAACCGGCUAGCACCGGCCGGUACGGUAUCGCAGGAGAAUAGUGUCGGUGGCCGGGUACAGAUCAAGCUUGGGUUCGAACCGAGCUCACUGCAGCUGAUCGUUACCAUCCUGUGCGCCAAUGGUCUCGUCCCGCGUGGAAACGGUGCCGCCCGUAACCCGUACGUUAAGAUCUGUUUGCUGCCGGAUCGAAGUGAAAAAUCGAAACGACGCACCAAAACGUUAGCCCUUACGAACGAUCCUCGCUGGGGACAAACGUUCGUCUACGAAGGCUUAAGAAGGGCCGACCUUAACAACCGUCUGUUUGAGGUGACGGUGUGGGAUUACGUGCGGUACGGUGCGAACGAUUUUCUUGGCGAGGUUAUAAUCGAUCUGUCUACGCACCCGCUGGACGAUGAGGCGGAAUGGUACAUUCUUCAACCCCACCAGGACUCCCUGCGAGAUACUUUGCGUAGAGACGAUAAAGAACCUGGCAACGAAUUGGAUAUGAUAUUGACCCCGACCGAUCAUUUAUCGCCGCCGAGUACGACCUCACGCUUGAGUGACUCUGAUACGACAUCCGAAUGCGAUAUAGAUGGUUUGAUGACCGGACGUGACGGCGCUAGUGUAUCAUCCUUAGGCAGCUCAUCUAGUCCUCCGCCAGAGGUCGAUCUGCAGGACAGACGAUCUAGAAGGGAUAUGUCCCCGCAAGGCAGGAAACGAGCAGCUGGCAUGGUAGCGAAGGACUAUCGCACAGUUUCUGGUGUUGGACAGGGAUUUCACAACCAGAUGAGUGCAGAGGCAUCGUCGGCGUACAGGCGCAACGGUACGAUGGCGAUGAAUCAGCGAAGCCAAUCGGCCGCACCGAGCGACAACUAUCGGGACGAUCGGCGGGACUCGUUAUCGCCACAAGAUGAUAGAUAUACAGAAUAUCCAGUUCUUCCAUUGCAUCAGUAUGCGCCAAGAUUUCAAUCACGAUCAGCGACUGCGACACCAACCGGUUCACCGAAGAAACGACAAUUACCACAAGUACCUCACAUGUCACGGAAUGCAGCAAUACGGGAGCGGUUCAUUCAGGACUUUGAGGAGCGCAGCGGUGGUCGAUUCGCGCGGCAUCGUGGCCGCCAGAGCCACCAUCAGCCGACGUACCGUAGCACAGGGAUGGGAGGCUGGGAACGACACUACUCCGGACUAUCCGACAGUGACUUGACGACGCAUUCGUUAGAGAGUAGAAUUAGGCCAAGACACUCGCUAUCUCCGGAUAAGGAUUUUAUGGGUGACUUUGGUGAUUCCGACAUGGAAUCGGUAGUUAGUGUUACUUCAAGUGCUUUCUCAACCCAAUCGGAGCGACCGCGCGGAUCGAAAGGGAUCAGGACGCAUCAAAACCGCCGCCUACAGCACCGAAGCCUACCGACGGGAUGGGCAACGACGUCACUAUGUGCGCUGCCGAGUGAGUACUCGGGCGGACAGCCGAUAACCGAUAAGUCGGGCAUCAUUCCGGUGUUGUCGGACGUAACGCAACCCGCAAUCAUUCCUCCCAAACCGGAGUUUGAACUGCAACCUCCCGCUUGUAGUGUGGUUGGUCCUACCGUAGUUGGUAACGCUAGUACCUGUAGCAAUUUCGCUUCUGGAUCCCCAUUACCUUUAGGUGUUCCGAUCGAGUCGGUACUGUCGGAUCCAAUACCGAUUUCUCCGGCUCCACCCGAUAAGACUAUUUCGGGAAUGGCCGGUAGCUACGGUCCUGUGCCGGUGAGUCAUGGAGGGUCCAUGCCGGAGGGGUACUUUAACGAGCAGUGCAUAACACUGCAACCGGACUGUGGUUCUACCAUCCAGAGCUUUUCUAUGAAUCCGGGAAACGAUAACGUUAUGAGCACUUCGGUUAAUCUCUCCUCCUGCCAGCAAGGUAACCAGCUGUCCGCCACCUCUUUUGAGUUCCAAUCUGGAUCGCUUCCAACUGAACAUUACUUUAACCGUGCGAGAGCACCUCCAACCGGUGGUGUGUCGAUGGAUCCCAUUAUGUCCUCCUCAAUGCACGCAGGCGAUGGAACAGGUACUGUCGAUUACGAACAGCCUGGACCACAAAUGGGUCGACGACCGUCGUAUGCAAUGCGUACGAACACGUCGGAACCUAAUCUAAACUCCAUGAUCAUGCGACGACUCUCCAAUCGCCCAAUGGAGCAACAGCACGCGUUUGCUUACUCGCAACCACGCAAUCAGAUGAUCUCCAUUUCUAACCGUUACCAUCCGCAAUCGCAUGUUUCGAUGGGCAGAGGCGGUGGAGAUCCUGCGACCAAGUAUGCUCCACCACCCGUUGCCACGAAUCAGAUAAUUUUGAAGUCUUCCUUUUCCGAUCAGAACCUUCAUAAUAGUAUCGUGUACGAACCGGGUGGUAUGGGAGGAGCCGGGGGUCAGAAUAUUUGCAUUUCGAACAAAAAUGUGUACGACCCGAAUACUGGCUACCAGAACCAAACGAUUACUUGCAUUAGCAACAGUAGGGAAAAUCUGGGUGAAAGCAAUAUCCGUUACACCAGCAACCCGGAAGGUACGGUGUGUGAGAUCAACGCACCGGAUGUCCAGUUUCGUAGCUCGCGUACUUCAAACAUCUACGAAGAUGUGGCGCUACCACUGGAGCAGGCAAGAGUUCCAUUGACAGAGUCAAUAGGAGUGAGUCUUCCUGUGGCGAUUGAUCAGCAUGAGUACGGUAUGGGCAAUAUGGAGAUGAAUCCCGAACGAAUUCUUGGCAAACCGAUCGAAGUACUCCGAUCGCCAAGCGAGUAUCGCUAUUCGUCCUACCACAAGAAACCGAGUGAAGAUCCGUACAUGGUCAGUAGUGUCGUUCACGGUAAGCCAGAAAAGAUAGCACGCUCCCAUUCGCUGAUCGCUCAGGAUCAAAUCAUAGACAUUGAGUACGAUUCGGAUACGGGGUGGAAGACGAAAAGCGUUCGGAAGAAUGUGUUUGCAAGCAGUGUGGAAGAGAAGGUGUACAGGAAACGGACCCGUUCGCUGGGUGGUGGGAAUAGUGAGGACGAAACGAUGGACCCGCAGGAUAGUUACGGCGAUACGAAGAAGGUUGCUCCAGUUCAGGGUAGAAAGAGCAGGAGUGGCUCCAAGAGCAGUCUAGAUCGUAGCAAUUUGACGUUGAAUAUAGUGAAAAAUGUUGAUGUUGAGAACUCUUCGUCCAACAAGAAGAACGAGAUGGAUAAGACUAGAAAGGUAGAAAAACAGAGCGCAGUUAAACCGGCAGAGAAAGACACUCAAGUUGCUGUAACGAAGAAAGAGAAAGAAGUCAGCAAAGCUACUAGAGCAAGUUCGACAUCUAAGCCUUCUGCGAUGGUGAAAUCGAAAUCAACCGCUAGUACUCCGAAAAAAGGCACCAAAAGCCCAGCCAAAACCAGUGGAGGAUCGAUAAAGAAGGCUGGAUCUUUGAAAGGAAAAACGACCAAAGCGGCAUCAUCUGCUUCGGUUGCGAGUACCUCGAAAGGGAAGCUGACAGAGAAGCCCAACUUCAAGGAGAUAGACACGAAGACUUCCAAGUCUAAGCUUGGUAGCAAGAAGUCCGACAGCAAGGGUCGUGUGGAUGAGAUCAAGUCGGAAUCGACCGUACUGUACAGUAGCUCUGAAUCGAUCAAGUCCAUCAUUGACGAGGUGCGCAUGGAGCUGCUGCAGAAACCGAAGUCGACAGUUUACUUGAGUGACGAAAGUCCAACCGUACUGAAUCGUAGUCAUUCGUUUAGUGACGGUGAGCUGAACUACAGCAAACGGGUCCAUGAUUGUUACGACAAGUAUGAGUUUGUGGAUGGCCGUAAGCAUUAUCUGUUGAAGGAUGAGCGCUUGAAGGAACGGCUCACCGAUCGCUAUGGUCGAGAGAGAGCGGUAGGGUACGAGAGAAGUGGGGAAAGACGAGGUCGCGGUGAUGAUGAAUACGCACGCAAGGGACGCCGGAUGGUACCGGACGGAGAGGAAGAUGAUCCUUGCCGACGGCCGGAAAUGUUUCCCAAGUGUAAGUCACGCAGCUCUAGCCUUGUGUCGAACGAAGAGGGUGAGGUUAGGCUCAGGCGUAAGGUUUACCACAGUGACAGUGCGGAAGACGAUGACGAUGUAGACGGAGCGGAAGAGGAGGAGGGUGAUGAUGAAGUGUUUGAAAGUUCGUUCUCUCGUGGAAGGAACUCUUCGUUCAAUGGGAAGUCUUCGCUGAAACGUAGAGCACGGUAUGAUACGAGGCGUACGAGUAGCCUUGAGGGUUUGGACCAAUUUCUGGCCAACUUGAAGGAGCGCGAUCGUCACGAUCGGCAUGGUGGAACGCGAGAGGGAACGUACGGGAGUAGCAAGAGCGAUAGUGCGCGGCAUAGCUCCGUCAGUAUUAACGAGAAGCCCGAGUACUUCGAGUACACCAAGUCUCCCUCGUCACCGUAUAGCACCAGCGCUGGUGGUAGUGGCCGUAUUGCUAGUAGUAGAAAAACCGCUAACUAUGCUUCAACUCUUCCCUCCAACAAAUCCUCCAACGGCGUUGCGUUGCUGCAAACCACACCGAAACGUCCGUCGAUGAAAAAAUCUUCCAACGCGUCAACGGUGGACGAUAAUGGUGGUGGUGGUGGUCGUGGUGCUGGUGGAUCUCGUUCUCGUUCGCACGAUCGUCAUUCGAAUCGUUCUGGAUCACCGUCUACUUCCUCGGGGGCAUUCGAUCAUCCGCAACGACGUACGCGCACGUCCCACAGUGACUACGAUGUGCGGGGCCGCAGUCGCUACGGUGGCCACAACGGAGGACGGGAUGCUUACCGGCAGCGUGAUCGUGAGCGAGACCGCGAUCGGAACAGCAGCGAUCAGGAGCGGGACCGAGAUCUGAGCGAUCGAGAGCAACGGGAAUCGCGGGAGCGCGGUGAACUGGACCAAAGUCUUUCGAAUACCGAGGGAACACCGGAGGAUAAGAUAGACGGUAGCCUAAGUGAUACAGCAGUGAUACAGAGCUUGGACGCACGACGUAAGUUGGACCAACGAUCGCCGAAAAGCGAAACACCCACCAGGGACCGGGACCGGUUCGGCACUGGUAUGGGUAUCAAGAGUAACUCAACAUCGCAACUGUCGGCAACAGAUGAAAAAGGUCGUAAGCGACGCAUGGGGUUUGGUAAGCGUGGCAAGAAUUCCUUCACCGUACAUCGAAGCGAGGAGGUGCUUCCGGGCGAGGUGCGGGGCGGCAGCGGUCUAUCGCGAGGCUCGUCCGCCUCCAGCGAUGGUGAAGGAAGUGCCGACGGUGACAGAUGGUCACCAUCGUUACGAGUAGCGGGUGAUACGGGACCUUUAUCGGACUUCAUCGAUGGUUUGGGACCAGGACAGCUAGUUGGACGCCAGGUACUGGGUGCUCCGGCCUUAGGUGAUAUUCAACUGUCUAUGUGCUAUCAGAAGGGUUCCUUAGAGGUUGAAGUGAUAAGAGCAAGGGGAUUGCAGGCACGUCCUGGCUCAAAAGUACUUCCAGCGCCUUACGUUAAAGUGUAUUUAGUUUCCGGUAAAAAAUGUAUAGAAAAAGCAAAAACAACGACUGCUAGGAAAACGUUAGACCCACUAUAUCAGCAACAACUAGUGUUUAGGGAACCGUUUGCGGGGUGCAUACUGCAAGUCACGGUUUGGGGAGAUUAUGGUCGCAUGGAGGGCAAGAAAGUAUUCAUGGGCGUAGCACAGAUAAUGCUGGACAACCUCAACCUCUCACACAUAGUCAUCGGCUGGUACAAACUGUUCGGAACAACGUCACUGGUCAGUGGGCCACCUAGUUUGGGCCUGUCUAGAAGAUCCUCGAUCGCCUCACUCGAUUCACUCAAGCUGUAAAGCCUCUAAGCUGAGACCCAUUGAGCAUCAAUCCACAAUUUCUUCUAUCCCAGCUCUCUCUCUAUUUCUCUCUCUCUCUCCACCAUUCCGUCAUCAUCACGCUCUCUAUCUCACUAUCCCAAAAGACAUCACACACACACGAUCUCUAUCUCCUAUGUUGUGUGCUGAUAAUAAGCAUAGCCACUGUUGAACACACCUCUGCCUGCUUCUCCAGCCGCCAUGUCUGUGUCGAGCAAGUGUGUGCUGCCUUCUGCUGCUCCAGUUUCUGGCUGGCUCCGAUGUUGCUCUGAACCUAUCAAAUUCCUGUUGCAAAGAAUGCUGUGUUCUGUUUAAACGUUUAGCAAAUGUUUUAUGUUCGAUUGGUUGUUGACACGUACACACGCUCACACCCAACGUCCGUGAAAGGCAGCCAUGCCUACUGGCACCGUGUGCGUGCAAUAAGUUUGAAACGUGUAUGGUUUUAGUAAUCGUUCUAGAUUUAGGUUCUUUGUUUGUGUAGUUAAACUGAACUUAUUUCUGCUAUCACGACUUCUACCAGAAUGUUGACCCUUGAAGGGUAGCAAGAAUAAUUUGAGGUACAUAUGAGGUUAGACCUCCCGGGAGAUGUCAUUUACCACCCUUCAGUUUAUCGUUAAAAAAGCAUGAAGACUGCGAAACGUUGAAGCUAUAAGUACUGGAAAGCAGCUCAACACACUCCGAUAGGUUUGUUAAAGAAGUUAAAUGUUGCCAUUAUCUAACCUUUGCUAUUAUUCUUCGUAUUUAAUUGUUAAACACUAAUUUUACUGCAGUAUGUCUAUGCUGACCAUACAUCAUGCAAAAGCUUGCGCAGAAUUAGUUUUACUUCAACCUACAUUCCAUUUUAAUACAAUGUCAAGCCAUCUGGUCUAGUCCAAAGUUAAUGUUGGAGGAAUCCUGCUCCAGCUCCUGUUAAGUUCAGUUUUUCGCCUUUUCCUUAACGACAUACACUUCCAACCAAACCUAGUCAGGUUCCUAACCAACAAACAUCCAAAGUCCUGUAAAAUUUGUGCUCCCAGUCACACGAAUGCUCCUGCAAACCUUACACGAUGAACCAAUCGUAAGCCAGUGCCACCGUAGCUGGUUAGCUUGAGCACAUCGUAGUCUACACUAUUCGAAUGUGCAUAACGAAAUCUUAGCUGCAAACACGUUAACUAGCAAACGAACGCAAACACAAAACAACUCACCUUGUUUUCCCAAUAUUCGGUAUCUCCUCUCUAGUAAGACAAACUUAUUUCUUAACCUGCACUGUAUCCAAGGAAAUGGUGCGAACUUCACACCCGAAUAUGCAUCACGAGGCGGGUGUGAUAGUGAGCUACGUCUGCGAUAGUGGAAACGUGGAAAACGCUGAAGCAAAAACAAAAGGAAAACAGCAACACGUGUCUGCUAGUUCGCGCGCGAUCGAAACCGUUACGGCCUUAUGUACGCAGGGACGCACUGGAAAACUUACACUUACUGGCACGCUCGGUUCUGCGCUGCCAACUGUGGGGGUCUGCCCACCAGCGUCCACACACCACUACCGGAACCAAUCUGCUGUGGCAGUAGAGAUGCAGUCGGAGCGCAUAUAUCAACCGGUGUUUUGGGCGGGAUGCGGAGCUAGAUAUUACUUGUUUUAAUCAAAACCAUUACCAUUACCAUACUUUAACCAUUUCUCUUGUAAAGCAUAUUCGUUGUAAGUCGACAAUGAGACUAGGAACAAAGUGAGGCAACUCAACCAAAUAUGAAGCCCCAACAUGUUGAAACACAACUUAUACAAAACAGAGGCAAGAAUAGGAAGAACAAAAACAAAGUAAAGUUCUUUUCACAAGCGUAUUAUGUAAUGCGAAAGUGAAAUAAACGAGGCGGUAGGAGGAGAAAAAAAAGAAACUCAAAUCUGUGAAUUUAUUAAAUUGUAAUAUUUGAAACCAAACCAAAACUAAACAAAACACAAAACACACUUGACACAGACAGACACGAAAGGGUAGGGUGAGGUUAAAGAAUAAAAUAAAAAGAAAAAUCAUAACUCUUAUUAUAAUAAGUAUAUGCUUCAGUCAAACGUUAAAAGGAAAAGGAAGGCAGAACCGCCGGAUACAGUUAGAGCAGCUAGGAAGGAUAACGAAUGGAUAAAACCGGUCUGGCGUGAGAUGAGGGCCCUUCGAAGGGCAAAGAGGGGCAUUAAAUAUCAAAUACUUGUCCAGCUGAAAUGAAACAUAACAUCACAAUGUUCCACAAACUGGGUUAUUCUUGCUCAACAGCAACAAAUUUGUCACGAGGAACGACAGAAGUACAAAAUGGCUUGUGCGAGCGAUUAAGAUGGGAUAGGUAGAUUGAGCUAGAAGGUCAGGUAAGUGAUCAAACGAUAAACCGAAUCAGUUAAAUAAACAAACUCAUGUGAAUCGAAUACACACAAACAACACACACACACAGCAACAUUCAAACACUAGUAUCUCUCACACAUACCUUAUGACAUAUGAACGAAGCAACAAAGCAAACAAAAAAAAACAAAGCAAAACAAAACUAAAAUCAACAUAUUGUUUGCCUUAGCACACGAAUAGACGCUGUUUAAAUAAAAGUCAUGCUUUCUAAAUCAGCUACUAAGCCGCAUUUACACAAUAAGAGGAAAGUACCGGAACGGCCAUCAAAACUGUGGCGUCAGCAGCAACAGCAGCAGCAGCAGCAGUGUAAAAGCUUUGAGCUUCUCGUGCUCCACGGCUUGCGAAACGGGAUGGACGCGAAAGGAAUGGGAAAAGGUGUAAGAGAAUAGGAACAAAUCAUAAUGUUAAAACAAUUUACAAAACAUCAUCACACCAGCUGACGAGAAGGGACGUAGUUAAUGAAUGCUAAUGCACGUUUACUAUAUACUAAACUAAAGCAAACAAAAAACCCCAGCAAAAAGGCGGUCAGGAUGCGUGCUUUUGCCGAGAAAGGAAAAUAAAAAAUUAAACCAAUGGAAUGAGAAAACGAGCCAAAAACCAUAUCUUUAUCAGUAAGACAAUUCUUAGCAAAUAUGAACACAAAAUGAAAGUUGAAAAAAUGAAUAAAAAAGAAAAAGAAAAUAGGAAGACAUAAAAAAAAAACAUAAAACAAACAUAACAAAACCGAAAACAAGGAAUAGGUACCACACACAAAAAAAACGAGAACAACAACAUUAUAUAGGAUGCAGCACUUGUUUUGCUGAGUAUGAGAAAACGUUAGGGUUAGCUAGGCGCAUGAAAUAAGAAUACCGUUCGAAUCCUGAAUCAACCAUAUUACCGCAAAGGGAAAGGCCGAUGGCCACCCCGGCCGCUCAGACGCGUGUGUAUAUGUAUGUGUGUGUAUGUUAUGCUUUUGCUCUGGGUUGUCUCUGGUGGAUAUGUUGGAUGUUCAGGCAAAAGUUCGCUAAUCGCUUUUUUGCCGGUGCAAUACAGGAUGGUGAUGAAAGUAAGUAAAUCUCUUUGCGAAACUGUUAAAGUGAGGAUCUUGGCAUUCCAAUGUUUUGGCAAAGUUCAAUAUCUUCACAAAAAAAUGGCGCUGUAUGCCUGUUUUUUCUUCGGGAGGACACAGAACAUUCGUUCCCUCGUAAACACCAACAUUAGAGAGUCAGUUUUGAACGAUGAUUAUUUGUCUGUUUCGGAUUCCAAGUGGGUCUGUUAGUUCUUGCGCAUGGAAAAUGUUUCGUCAUCACCAGAAUAUCGUUUGGUUGCGUUUGGGUUUUUGUACAUAGAAAGGAAUGAUGGUACGAUGAAAGUGUGUAGACGACGCUUGCUCCAGCCCUGAACAAUACACCUAUCAGCAGUGUCCAACAGUACAUUGGAGCUACCAUUAAGAAUGGGUUUGCUUGGUCACUCUCUUCCACACACACACGAACACACUCACUCUAUUUCUCUCUCAAUCUCUUCUCUCGAAGCUUAUUUCUUCCCCCGUUUUGAAAGCAAAAGCCUCAACAUAAUUAAAUUAAAUUAGGAAACGCAAUGCAACGAGCAUCAGCUGUCUUACAAAUUACGAACAAAGUAAAAUACAAACAAGAACAAACUAACAAAUAAGGAAGGAGCGCAGCGAAGGAAACGCUUAACGGUGGGAAAAAGGCAGGCAAGCAAGCUUGCUGCACUGUAAAUAAGAUCAGGUUUCUACAGGGAACUUUGAGAAACGAUUCAUUAUCAUAUAGCCAAUCAAACUAACUUCUCAAUGACGCAAGAAAAUUGAAUGGAAGAUUUGACGAAAACGCACCAAAGGUAUCGGUUUUGAUGUGCUUGGAUUUCAGCUUUGAAGCUCCUCCUUUUAGUUGCGUUUCUUCUUUAGCAGUUUCUUAAAACUCGAUUUCAUUCACAACUCUCUUUCUAUCUCUUCCUCUCUCUAAGUACCAGGAAUAAGGAUUCUUUCGAAGGACAUAUUUAAUUUGAUGUGUUCUUGAAGAUGAUCUUUUGUCCGAUUUUCUCGAUGACUUCUUAAACAACGAAACUUGGACACUAUACAGCGUGGUAUGAUUUACUUUGCUGCUUUAUUUUUCUGGCAAAAACAGAGUGUUUGAUUAACACAGAUACAGAUGUUUGAUCCGUCCAGUGGAAAUGGAUUCCUGAAACGCCACAAAAGAACAAAAAGAAAAACAAACCGAAAAGAAACGAAAACAAAAGCCACGUGUUCGUGCUGCCUUGGGACACUCGGAUGAGUGGCGAAGCUAGAAAAACAAUACCAGGACCAACCGAUUGUUCUCUUCCCGCGAAUUUCUGGAUAAUCUUUGGUUUAUCGACAACAACAAAACAAAGAACAGUAACGGCGAUUUUGAAUCCAACGAACCCAUUUGCCCCCGAAAAAAGGCUGAUGAUUGGAAAAGUGUUUUAUUUUUUGGGUGAGCUUAAAGUUGAUUUUAAGGAUAUCGUUGUGCAUAUUUUCUUUUGAAGUUUGUUUCAUCUGGAACCGUAAUACGCUUAGUACCAGCUAAGGUCCGCACGUCCGCAGGCGUGGACGAUCCUGCACCAUUUUGCCCCGCUGAGCAUGCAAACGCAAGAGAACAAACGAGUAUGAACAAGGUUACUCACAGGAGGGUAGGGUUAAAAUUUGUUGCUUUAAGUGCUUUGCAGUAUAAUAAAAGUCCAUGCGGCCAUGGAACGAUCGACAACUUGUAAAAAAGCACCACGCCAAACAGAGGAAGGAAAACCAAGGACAAACUAAUUCGGAAACAGCAAUUGAGGCCUAUUGAAUACAAAAUUAACAAAAACGCAUAGUUUAGGGUGUAGUGUUGUGUUAUGCAUAUGCAAAGCUAAUGUUUUAAUUGUUCUCCUAUUUAAGGGUAAGUUUUCACAUGCUCCAAACGAUUACGACCGAAUGCCUAAUUUGCGGAGGAACGUGAUAGGAGCAAGAUGGCACGCGUGGAACCAGGAACAAGUUUUUGGAGCAAAUUCUUAUGAAUCGCUGUACGCUGCUGCUUAUCAUUUGCAAUGUUGAGUAUAGGUUGCUUGGAACAUGCCAGUUGCCAGUUGUGUGGAUGCGACGUUUAAAUGGCGCGAACGGCUCGCCCUUUUGUUUUGGGGCGGGCGGGUGACGCACGUGCAAACGAAUCCAGGGAAGUGAAAAAUGUUACCACUAUAUCGAUUAUUUGCUGUUGAGGUUAGGAGUGUCGGAUAGGACCGGGGAGCACUAGUAGCAUCAACAUCAAAACAAAGCGAAAAGCAAAGCAAACAAACAUAUAACAAAUGGCCGCACUAUUGGCAAGUGAGAGCAUGUGUACGCAAGUGUUUGGUUGGGGAGGGAAAACACGGGGAAAUAGAAAUGUUAGUAGAUAAAACAAAAUGGGAUGUUAAGCAAAGAGUAAAAUAAUUUACAAAACAAUUGAACAAAAAACCCAAAACAAAUAAAGAAACUAAACCAUUAAAUGAAUCAACAAUCCAAACCCAACACAAUGGAACACAAAAUACAACCGCAACAUUUGCCCGUUUCCGUCGUGGUGAGAUGGGUGAACGUUUGUACAAAGCUAGGCAAAAACAGAGACACAUGAGAUCAACUAGUAUCCCGUAGCUAAGAACCAAUGAUGAACGACUGGACGGUGGAAGGUUAGCCAUGCAAGUAAAAAAAACGUAAAUUUUAAAAUUAUUUUAUAUCAAACUAAGUAUUAUCACACAAAUACACACUACACAAACAUACACGAUACAUGAAGAAAACAUACAUACAUACAAAGAACACGUCACUACUGGGACAAUGCUGUAAGUAAAUGCUGAAUGAACGAACCCAAGAAGAUGGUACGCGGCUAAUGGCUAGAGUCAUGCGUUUUGUUUGUCUCACACUAGAAGUUAAUCGGGAAACGAAAAUCGACAACAUUAUAUAAAUAUUUAAAACAAAUCAACUAACAUGAACAAACAUCAAACUAACCACAAAAUGCGCCAAACGGAAUGAAACAAACGCGUACGCAGGCUUGGAAACGGUCACACUGCUCUACAUACAUAUAUCAUCGUACAUUUCGUUUCGGUUUGGACGCAAGGACGCAAUGAUCAUACCAAACACACAAACAUUCCACUCCAUUUAGGAAGAACAAUGCGGGACGAAGCGACAUUCACACACACAAAAAAAAAAUGCGAAAAAACAAAAAUGGGAAACAGGAUAACACAAUAUACACAAACCUUAUAGUUAAACUGCAUUAUACUUACAGUGUCAACCGUAUACAGUAACAUGCACACUAAGAACGCGUAUACAUUGAACUCGUACAUGGCAAAACAGGCAAAACGAACACACGAACCGGAUUGAUCGCCGCUCGAGAAACCGUUUACGGCAGUCAGGCAGACAGACAGACAGACAGAUACGAUAGGCGGACAGGCACAGAACACACUGCUCACUGGCGUAGGGAGCGGGGAUGCGAUUAAACGAGCGAUAGGUGCGAUCGCAACCAUGAACAUAAUUCAAGAGAAUAUUGUAAAAUACAAAAAUUUCUAUUAUUAUUAAAACCAUAUAUAAAUAUACCGAAACAAAACAAACAAAAAAUCUAUAUAUAUACUAAUAUAUAUAUAAAAGAAAGGAAAAAAAAACUGUAUCCCCUCUCGGCUAAGAAAAUGUCGAGAAACGACAAUAAAACUGUGAGAUUGAAAACGAAAA